AUGAUUUCAGGUUCUGUUGCCUGUUCUUCUCCUGCCCACAACAGUUGGCACCUAGGGGAUGUAUCUUUCCCUGCUGGAUUUGCUUGGGGUGCAGUCACAGCAGCUUAUCAAGUUGAAAGAGGCUGGAAUGCAGAUGGAAAGGGCCCUAAUGUUUGGGACACAUUCACCCAUCAGGGAGGAGAUCGAGUUUUCAAGAACCAGACUGGUGAUGUAGCUUGUGGCAGCUACACUCUGUGGGAGGAAGAUUUGAAAUGUAUCAAACAGCUUGGAUUGACUCAUUAUCGCUUUUCUCUUUCCUGGUCACGUCUGUUACCUGAUGGGACGACAGGUUUCAUCAACCAGAAAGUCAUUUCUCUUGACAAUGUCUAUCUUAAAGAAUAUUUUGUGUGGUCCCUUCUUGACAACUUUGAAUGGACUUGUGAAUUCAGUACUUGAUUUGGACUCCUACAUGUUGAUUUUGAAAGUUCUGCUCUGCCUCAUGUUCCACAGCGCCAUAGUCAUUGCUAA